UUUUUUUAUGAUCUGAUUGUUAUUUCUUUUUCUUGCUCUUCACGUACUGAAUUAUUUCUUCUCGGCAUGGCAAUUUCGCUAUCUGAGUUCGCGAGUUAGUUUUGGUGGAUUGUUGUCUGUCUAAUUAGCAAGAAAUCAUUUGAUUUUUCUUUGCAUGCCAAAUUUUCCUGGAUGUAUGUUACGAUUCAGUGAUUUCUUUGAAAUAAGAGUCUGAAUUUUAGAAAUCGAAGAAAAUUAGCAUGAUGGUGAUGAUGGCUAUGGGACAUGUUCGCAAUUCAACUCCCUGAUCUGUAAUAAAACUAAUUACUUUUGUGAUGGACAAGAGGUAAAGCUCAAUUUAAAUCAGUUUAGUGAUAGAAGAAUCAUGAUUCGUAGAUAUAAAACUCAGGGACCAAAUUGGAAGUUACCUCGUUCUGACAAACUAAUCCUUUGUUGGAAAGCAAAAAUGACAUAGAAUAUUGUUCUUAUUGGAUUCUUCCUUCAUGUUCCAAGAGAAUGGAAAAAACCUUAAUGUGCUUGGGGGAAAAAUGGAGAGAAAACUUGCUUGGAUAACAUCUCUUUUUAAUUUUUUUACUCAGAGAGCUCAUCCAUAAAAAAUCUUCACUCAAUUUUUACCACCCUAACAAACAUAUCCUUAGUGUUACUUAGUUGGAGAAUGGGUUAUUUUUUCUAGGAUAUUUGAUUAUCUUUGUGGAUUAGGGUCAUACUUAACAUGCAUUUUGAUGACUUGUAUGGAAUGUUAUAUAGCUUAGAGGUUAGAGCUGUUUAAUGUAGGGGGAACGGGGAAGAAUGUUGGCAGCAACAAAAGAGUAGAGUCCAGCAGCAGAGUUGAUGUUAACAGCAGCAGGGUUGAUGUUAGCAGCAAUGAAAGAGUAGAGUUCAGCAGCAGAGUUGAUGUUAAUAGCAAUGACCUGCACACACAGAAACACGUGCAGUUAGUUAGAACUAUCAAGCCAAAUUAGCAAAGUUUGUUAGAAAAUGUCCAUCCAUUAGAAAGUACAAAAUCAGUGAACAAGAUAAGAAGUAAUGGCAUCUGCAGAAGCUCGGGCUGCUUUUUCAGUUAAGCGUCAGUUUACUACCCAGGAUUUGAGAAUGCCUCCUGAUUCCGCUGACCAUCAUCCAUCUUCAAUUUCAAAAGGUUUGGAAUCUGAUUGGUCUCCGAGUGAGUCCAAUUCAAGUCAAGUGCUCCAUGAUCGAAAUUCUGAUAAGUUGCCGGAUAUGAAAUGGUGGCUGCAUGUGAAAACCAAUGUGGGGGGAGAAGCGAAUUAUAGGUGCCAACAUCAGAAUUCUUGGGAAUCUGAGCUUGAUGCUUUGUGCUCACGGUUUGUUGAUGCUGAUGUCAAAAGUGGGGGAGAUCAAUCUGUCAAAAGCUUUGAUGCUCUUUCAUGUGUUGAAAGUGCUAAUUCAAGUUCAGAGCAGCCUUGGAAUGUCUCUCAUAAAUGCAUGACAAAAAGCAAUGAUACGAAACUCCCAAAAAUUGAGGCUGCUCGGAAGAAUGACUUGCAUUUAACACCUAAAAUGAUGGGGCAGGAGGACUUCUGGAUUUUCGAUGAUCAUUUUGUGGACUGCAGUGCUGAUUCCUUUGUCAUUGAACAAUGUAAAAGGACAUCGUCUGAUCUGGAAUCGCAAUGGAUGGGAGCCGAGAAAACUAGGCCUUGGUGGUGUAAUGCUGGAAAAGAUGAGUUGGGUUCAUUGAUUUCUCAGAAGUCACUAGAGGAAACUGAGAACUGUGAUCUCCCUCAGCCGCAGAUUAAGCAUUUAAGUGAUAGACCAUCCCCUAAAAGCCACCGUGUUGAUUUUCAUAAGAGUCUUCCAUCAUCCUUAGAUCAGAAAGCCAUGAUGGAUUCUUCUAUUGCAAAUGAUUAUACAUCUGGAAUGCUGAAUUCUGGCUGUUCAUUUCAGGAUUCAGAAAGAGCUCUCAGUUUGCAUAUCUCCAGUUCCAGCCAGGGCAAAGAUUCUGAUUCAUGUGACAAUGAUGACCGAACAAUUUCCAAGGACAAUCACAAGGCGGAGCUAUUAAAAGCAUUGUGUCAUUCUCAAACGCGCGCAAGAGAGGCCGAAAUGGCAGCACAACAAGCCUACAUCGAGAAGGAGCACAUCGUGAGCCUCUUUUUCAGACAGGCUUCGCAACUCUUUGCUUACAAGCAAUGGCUCCAUAUGCUUCAGCUUGAGAAUCUCUGCCUUCAACUCAGGAACAAGAACCAACCAUUGUUGAAUCUCCUCCCAGAUGUUAAGAAGAGUUAUCGCAGAGGUGCAAAGAGGAAAAUCAGAAGAUGUGGGGUUAGAAAUUGUGCAUUUGCUUUUGCUUUGGGAUUAAGUCUUGUUGGUGCUGGUUUUUUUCUUGGUUGGACCUUAGGGUGGAUGUUCCCACUAAUAUGAAUUGCAUUCUCCUGUGCUUCAUAGUUCAUACUAAUACUAGAUAGGUUCUUUUGUGCUUAUAAAGAUCCAAAGAAAUGUAUUUAUGUGUGUGUGUGUGUGUAUAUAUAUGGUGGUGCUGUCUGUGAUUUCCAUUAUAUGUAAAAUAUUCUUUAUCAUUGCAGACUUAAUAGUUGUAUACAAUACAGAGGAUAGUGUACCAAAAUUCUAUUAGAAAUGUAUAUUAUGUGGCUUCAGAUUUUAAUUGGAUAUGUAAUAUG